AGACUGGACUCUAUGACAACACUAGUGUUUAAUGCUAGUACAUUACGAGAACUGAAAUAUGCCAUUAUGGAAGUGUUUGAUCUAUUCUACGAUAUUGUCACAGAACCUAUCAAUUGCUACGCAGAUCUCAAGAACAGAUUAAAGUCUCUGAACGAGAAGAGUUGGGAUAGGAUUAGAAUGACCUACAUACAGAGUACAGAGUAUAAAAGUGGGGACUUUACAGAUGUUGAGAACAGUAGUGUAGUUAAAAUACUCCUCGAUUUUAUAUCAAUGCUUGAUAAAUCCUCUAAAACUGUGUUCACAAAAGUGGAGGAAAAGCAAAAUGAAAUUUUGGCAAUGGAGGGCAAAGUUAACACCUGUGAGGAAAGGAUCAAGAAGAUGGAUGCAGUGAUAGAAUCACAGAAGACAUUUUACGAUGAGAAGAUGGUACAGAACAGUGAUUAUGCUGCACAAAACAUCCACCUUUUACAACAAAUAUCUGAGAAAAAUAGACAGAUCACAGAGUUAGAAAAAGAUAAUAAUAAACAACUUUGGGAGAGAGAAAAACAAAGACUAUUGAAGGAAUCUACAGAAAAAAUCAAAAUGUUAGAAGGACAGGUAGAGAGCAUGCAGCAACAAAUUGAAAGUUAUAAAACAAGAUUAUCAACCAAGGAUGAUUCUUACAAACAGUUACGUAUAAAGAAUCAGCUACAGUCAGAGAGAUUACACAGUCCUGUACCUUCUAGUGAAGAUAGUGAUGAUAAUAUGAGCACCAGUAAACUUAGCCAGAAAAAUUAUAUGCAAGAUAAGGAUAUUGUAUAUUUAGAAAAGAAAUUGUAUGAUCUACAAACAACAACAUGUGGUGUUAUUGGUGGAAUCAAAACAGAUUUUAAACAGUUGGCUCACAAGUUUAUUGACCCAGAAGAAGGUAAAGUGGAUGAAAGUUUUAAACUUCUAUCAACAAGAAUGGAUCGUGUUUAUAAAGCAGUGGCAGAUGCUGAAGUAGAAAAAGUAAAAGAAGUCCUGCCACCUCAUUAUAGAUAUCUCGAGGACUUUGGCAAGGAACUGAAACUUCUGUACAUGCCAAAGCAUCGGUACAGUAGGAAUGACAGAAGAAAAGAUUUCAUGAUCAAUCACAACAAAAGUGACAAGCACCGUCUAAUGUUAAAUAGUGCUUUAGAUGAGAAGAAAGCUGUAUUAAAACCUAUCCCACCAUCACUAGAGAGGCAGUCAACACUGAAUGGAAUAAAGGAAGUGCCAGUUAAUCCAGUUAUAAUAGAUCCAAAAACUAAGAAGUUACACGCCAUCAAUCCAUUGAAAUAUUUCCCUUUUAUGUCACAACAGUUUUUAAAAGAUCAGUAUGAAAAAUUUAAACAAUACGACAUAAAUGGUGACGGAACACUUGACUUAAAAGAGAUGAUAGAGAUAGUAAAGGAGUUGGGAUUUGACUUUAACGUUCAUCAGCUACAGGAAGCUAUGGAGGAGGUUGACCGUGAUGGCAAUCAUUGUAUUGACUUCUUCGAAUACAUGCUCAUCAUCGAUAACAUCUACAGGAAAAGAGGGAAAGCAGAGUUAUUCCAGCAAGGCAUGAAGGAGGCACGGAGGAACAAUAUGUCAAAAUCUUGUGUUGUUCAAUGAUCGAGAAGCAUCCAAUUUGCCUCAAAAAUCAGUGCUAUAUAGUAAUAUCAUGCAGUAAAAUCAACAUUUCUGCAUUUUUGGAAUCAGUUCUCACGUGAAAAA